AGCAGCAGCAGCCAGCACAGGGAUGCGCACCGCCGGCGCCGCCUUUGCUCUGCUCGGCGCACACGCACGCACCAGCACCGAAUAAUUAUUGCUUUCCAGCUAGUAGCUUUUCGGCUCGGAGCGGGUGCGGAUAUCGCCAAUCUCGACUCUGCAAAAUCACAGAGACAAAAGCAAGCAAGGAGCAGCUUCUCCUCCAGCCUGGAUUUCGCCCUAGAAUGAUCGUCGCUGCCGAGCAGCGCCGGAGUUGAGAUGGCGGAGCACGAGGGGCGCCUCUGCCACCGGGGUUCACUGCUCUGAUGGGCCAUGGCCGGCCGACCAAUUCAUCACCCCCUCACCGCGCCUUCGGCAUUAUUUUCCAUUCCUUGCCCUCAAACGCAGGUCGGAACCGCAGCUCGUGGUGUUGGUGGCCUGGGGGAAUGUACUGGUGCCGAGGCCGGAUUUGUGCUCUCAGCCUAAUUCUCGGAGCCUACUUGGCGGGGGUGUUGCUGCUCUCUUCCAUAUCCCUUGAUGUCGACCCGCGUCGAUAUCAUUUCUAUAAGGCUGUAAUUAACCCUGAGGAGACGGGAAAGGUGCCGCAGAUCGGCCUGAGCGGCCAUCAUGACGUGGCCGCCAGCAUCCGCAGUGCGGCUGCCGCUUCUUCCAGACGUUCCAAACUGCACUGGUGCCACCAACUGCACUUCAAAGUGCCACCUGGACCAGUCACGGCUCUUGUGUCUUUUCCUGGCAGCGGCAAUACCUGGGUCAGAUACCUCAUUCAGCAGGCCACAGGCACAUACACAGGCAGUGUGUACAAAGACUAUGGGCUGCUGAAGAACGGCUUUCCUGCCGAGUCUGUGAUGAACGGUUCGGUGGUAGCCGUCAAGACCCACGAGAUUGGCGAAUCGGCCCGAGCCCCUUUUGCCAAGGCUGUUCUCCUCAUCAGGGCGCCGGGCCAAGCCAUCCAAGCCGAGUUCAAUCGGCAGAGCGGGGGCCACAUUGGUUUUGCUGCUCCAGACAGAUACAGGAGAAACAGGGGCAAAUAUUGGAGAGAUUUUGUGACUGACAAGUUGUCCAUGUGGUCCAACACAUACAACGACUGGCUGAAGAACUUCCCUGGGCCGAAGCACGUCCUCUACUACGAGCAACUUGUCUCGGACGUCGAGCGCGAGUUGCGCUCCCUUUUGAAAUUCCUGGACGUGCAGGUGCCCGAGGAGCACUUGACCUGCGCCCUGGAGCGGCGCGAGGGCAUCUACCGGCGGCGCCGAAGGACGCUGCCCUUUGACCCCUUCACGGCGGCCAUGAAGGACGCGCUCAGGGCGGAGCAGACGCAGGUCUACACGGCCCUGGCGGCGGCCACCAACUCGUCAGCGCCCCCUGUCACCUGAACUGUGAUCCAAGCGCGCAGCUCAAUUUAAAAAUCACUUCUGCUCUGUGUAACCUCUUGUUAUGUACACUGUCUGAUUGGCUGUACAACCAAAGAGCAACCCUGAAAACAGGGAUGAUUCACCUGAAGCGAAAUUUGAAUAGGAUGCAUUCUGUUCGUUUCACAAGAAUUUCAAUUUAAAUUGAUUCCCUAGUUUGGAAUUCAAAGAGGAUAAAAAUCGAGAUCUAAAAUUCGCACCCCUUAGGAUUGAAAAAGGUGUUUACCUUUUAGUGGAAAACAUUGGAUUCACCAUUAUUGCAACCUUUUGGGUUGCAAAUUUUUUAAUCGUGCACUUUCAUCCAAAAAUUUAUUCUUAUUUUGAAUUCAAUGAUAACAAAUUUUCUGGAGAGGCCCUUUAAAUUCUCUUCUAUAUCAGAAAAAUAUUGUAUUUUUCUAUGCAAUUCAAGGAAAUUAAAGUUUGGCUUAGCACCAAAAACCAGAUGAGACACUAGUUCAAUCAAUUUCUUUUUUACAUUCACAUCGUAAACUUGUGGAAUUAAAUUUCUGCACUGUAAAAAUUUAUUCCCCAGCCGCAGCUUCAAAUUUUAUUUCCUUUUCCUUUCUACGCACCUUUUUUGACCGAAUCGUGCCAAAUUUACGACACGUCGUCGUUUGCAUUUCAAACACGAAACUGCAGUCUCUAAAGUCUCAAAGUGCACCUAACUUUUGAUGCUCUUAUUACUUUUGCAUGGAACGCUGGAGAACAUAAAAGCAGCUUGGUUCUGGUGCGCACCAUGUGAGCCUCUUUUUUCCAAGCCUCCCUCAUUCUUUUUUUCUUUAUUGCGCCUCUUUUAACCGCCAGUUCUGUUCUUUCAAGUCAUUCAAGAGCUAAGUUUCAGAAUUCAGACUUCGGGCACAUUCCAAUUGUUUGAAAUCCAAAGCAAAAUUUAUUAAGAGGAGAAUUAAAUAGAAAAGUUUUGCUUAAAUAUUAGGAAAUAUAAAUUUAUGUAAAGCUGAUAAGUUGAAAAUUACUCUAAUCAGACAGUGCAGCUCAAAUUCACUAAAAAUUCAAACAAAUUAAUAUCACUCAGCUUGUAAAUAACACAUUGGCACUCAUCUGUGAUUAAAAAAGCAUCGCUUUUGUUAUUUAAUAUUAAAAGAGAAAAAUUCUUUGAAUUAUUUGUUUUCACUGCGUUGGAAUUGAUUGAAAGAAGGACCAAAGAAAACGCGUCAGACUCUCAUGGGGCGUGAUUCUAUCUCAAUUUGUGUUCCAAACCUCAAGAGAGGACUUUUGAAAUCAAUAUAAAAAGAGAUUCGAGAACGGUCGAGUGGUCAUUUUUAGCCAUUUACGGCCGCUCAUGAAAUAGCCGUAAAAACAGGGCGAAACAGGACGUGAGCGAAUCGGCUAUAUCGGUUUUGGGAGAUUGCAAAAGGUAAAAUUUUUGUGAGCUGGAGAACAGUCUGUAUGGAAAAGGGCACAAAGAUACAUAAAUCUAUCAAGUCCUUGGCGAUUAAAAUUUUCCUUUAUGUUCCGCCAAACAAUUGAUUUAUGAUUGUAUUAAUAAAUCCGUCAGGAAAUAUUUCAAUUUUUAUUGCGUCAUUUCGCAAUUGAACUUUUCGAGUCUCAAAUCACGAAUGCAUUUUAAUUAAAAGUUGAUUUAAAAUCCGUGCACAAAUUUUAUUAUUUUACCACACCGCUUAUUGUCAAGUGCACGGCAUCUACUCAGCACACCAAAGAUAUGUUAGAAUUAGUUAUUAAUGUCCAUUUUUUAGAAACUGAUCGGUUGAUAAUUGCCAUUUGUCUAUCAUUGCGGUCUAUUUUAAUGUGCAUCGUAGAGCGCUGUCUAGUCUAUUCCCGUGCAACAACCUUUUUAUUUCAUCGGACGUUAUUCCUGUUGUUGGAAAUGUGUUGUUUAUUUUUAUUUAGUUUAUCCAAUCACAAGCAUUUUUAUAUAAUUCAUAUUAAAUUAUUAUUGUCGUCAGCUCUGUGUAGACAUUUCGAGGAGAGAAUAAAUUAUAAACAAAGUUGACAUAUUGCAGAAAG